AUGUUGCCUUAUAUCUUUCUAUUAUUACUGCCAUGGGUAUUAUGUGAUGUUGCCAAUUACGGUACCGUACCACGAGGUCUCAAUCCAACGCUCUAUUCACCUGAAGACUUGGUUAUUCAACUCGACGACAAUACAUUUAACGAUACGAUAUACUGCACCAACAACAGAUGUACAUCAUAUUUAGUAGAAUUCUAUUCGGACUGGUGUGGACACUGCCGAUCAUUUGCACCGCUAUAUAAGGAAUUGGCGAAGGAUGUUCGUGGUUGGCAAGAUGUCGUGAAGAUUGCUGCCAUAAACUGCGCUGAUUCUACUAAUCAAAUCACUUGCCAGAGUAAUAAUGUGCAAUUUUUCCCGUUCAUAAAGUAUUUCCCUCGAAAUUCCACUGAUUCGUUUGCCGGAUCAAAGCUACGACCAUAUCAGUCAUUGUCAGAAAUGAGAGAUCAACUGACCAAGGUAGUUAUGGACGAUUAUUCAGUGAAUCGUUUCAACGAUUGGCCGAAAUUCGACUAUCUUGGAGACUUUGUCACAUGGACAGACCUGUGGGAAGGUGCGCCAGCCAGCGCUCAGUACACAGCUAUUAUUUUUGAAAAUCAUCAGGCUAGCCUUACGGGUGCACAACUGUUACUGGAUCUGCACAGGAAGCGCGAUCGUCUUCUGGUCCGACGUUGUUUGAAAAACCACCCACUGGCGGACGCGCUUCGACUCACCGAUUUUCCUUCACUGGCGAUUUUCAAGCGCGCCGAUAAGAAGCCUAUUCUGGUCGUAGAGUGA